GUGUCCGGCUCCGCGGCGCCGCUUCCGGUGUGGGCCCCGCCCCGGCUGUGGCCCCCAGCUGCGGAGGAGUCCUAGGCGCAGCUGCCGCGCCGGGGCUGGAGCGGCCGCCUCCUCCCCUGACCGAGAACUCGGAGCGCUCUGCACAGGUUUAGACCCAGUGUGCCUGGUGGGCUGUGCCCAGAUUCAGAGCCAUGCGGAUCUGUGGGUGAAGCCUGAGGCAGUAAUGGAGCCAUUGCAGCAGCAGCAGGCGCAGAAACAGUCACACUUGGCUCCUCUGCAGAUGGAUGCCAGAGAGAAGCAGGGGCAGCAGAUGAGAGAAGCCCCAUUCUUGUAUGCCCAGAAGCUGGUCACACAGCCCACUCUCCUUUCUCCUGCACCUGGGAGGCCUUCUAGCGGCCCUGCACUGGGUCCCUUAGCCAGAGUUCCACCGGCCACAGCAGUGGGCCAAGUUUUUGAACCAGGCAAUGUGAACUCAGAGACUGAGGAAGAGGAAGGAGGUUUGGAAGAUGAUGAUGGGGAUGAUGAAGUUGCAGAGGUGACUGAAAAAGGAACGCAGGCUGCUUCAAAAUAUUUUCAUGGGCAGAAAGCAACUUGCCAAGAACCCCGAGUAGCACCUAUGUCAAAUCUACUGCCAGCACCAGGGCUUCCGCUGCAUGGACAACAAGCUAAAGAAGACCAUACCAAAGAUGCCUCCAAGGCCCCACCUUCCGUCUCCACAGCAGGGCAGCCAAGCUGGAAUCUGGAUGAGCAGCUCAAGCAGAAUGGUGGUUUGACCUGGAGUGAUGAUACAGAUGGAGGCCGAGGAAGAGAGAUCUCUCGAGAUUUUGCCAAGCUGUAUGAAUUGGACGGUGAUCCUGAAAGGAAAGAAUUCCUGGAUGACCUCUUCAUCUUUAUGCAGAAGAGGGGGACCCCCAUCAACCGAAUCCCCAUUAUGGCCAAGCAGAUCCUGGACCUGUACAUGCUGUAUAAGCUGGUGACCGAGAAGGGGGGCCUGGUGGAGAUCAUCAACAAGAAGAUCUGGAGGGAGAUCACCAAAGGCCUGAACCUGCCCACGUCCAUCACCAGCGCCGCCUUUACCCUCAGGACCCAGUACAUGAAAUAUCUAUAUGCCUAUGAGUGUGAGAAGAAAGCCCUGAGCUCGCCAGCCGAGCUCCAGGCAGCCAUUGACGGUAACCGGAGGGAGGGCCGGCGGCCCAGCUACAGCUCUGCCCUGUUUGGCUACUCACCCGCUGCUGCUGCCGCCACCGCCGGGGCCCCUUCCCUUCUUUCCCCACCCAAAAUCCGCUUCCCCAUCCUUGGGUUUGGCUCCAGCAGUGGCACCAAUACUAGCAGCCCUCGGAUACCCCCAGCAACCACUCUCAGGAAAGGUGAGCAGGGUCCUUGGGGGAGGAAGGGAAGAAAGGAGCCCUGUGUCCAGGAUUGGAGGUUUUGGGUGAGAGGGUCAACUGUGGAUUGGUCCAGCUUCAGUUCCUUUGCAGGUGAUGGAGUCCCCAUGGCAACAGUGCCUGUGCCAAAUCGCCUGGCUGUGCCUGUGACUUUGACAGGCCAGCAGGCCAGUACCCGGACUGCCACGCUGGAGCAGCUACGGGAGCGGCUGGAAGCAGGGGAGCCUCCUGAGAAGAAGGCAUCAAGACUGUCCGAGGAGGAGCAGCGCCUGGUCCAGCAGGCUUUCCAGCGCAACUUCUUCAGCAUGGCGCGGCAGCUGCCCAUGAAGAUCAGGAUCAAUGGCAGGGAAGACAGAGCAGAGGCCUCAGCUGCAGCCUUGAACCUGACCACAAGCAGCAUUGGGAGCAUUAACAUGUCUGUGGACAUCGAUGGCACCACCUACGCAGGACUGAUGUCCCUCUCCUGCUCAGAACUUCCAGGGCCCUCACCACCCCUCCAGGUGUGCUGUUUGCCCAGAAACCUGUGGUCCACCUCAUCGCAGGGUCUGCUCCCCAGAGUCUCGGGAGCAGCACCAGCAGCAGCAGCAGCUCUCACUGUUCACCUAGUCCUACCUCAUCCCGGGGCACCCCCAGCACAGAGCCCUCCACCAGCUGGUCCCUUUGACAGGCAAGACCCAGCUUCCUACUCCCCACUCUCUUGCUGAGAGUGAAGGAAGUUGAUGCACAGAAUUUACCUCAUCUCACGGAGCCUACGUUGAACACCAUCUGGCCAGACAUUGAGAGUUUGGACGUGUCUGUCUGUCCAGGCUCCAUUCAGGUCCUGCUGUACUCUGGAGGCAGAGAGAAGGUGGAGGGGCAGGACAGGGCAGCGUUGUCCAAUCAGGGAUUGUCCUGGAGAACUGGGUGGGGUCUGUGGGUGUCCAGCUUUCCUCUAGGGUUCCCCGGCCACCUCCCAUCUCGGGGCACAGUGUAUCGACAAUCUGUAAGCCGACACAGGGCUGGAGGCCCUCCUUUCCCUUCCCCUUUAAUUUAUUUCCUUUCCCCUGCCUUCUGCCAUGACUCCAAGGUCACUAGUCUCUUCCCCUGCUCAGUGCCCUAGUUUAUAAGUCCCACGUGGGGCUGGCUGUUAAAACCUUCAUGGCCCUUCUCUCCUGAGCAUGGGAUGGGGCCCUCCCAGCCCACCUUGCCUACUGCUUGGUUUGUGGGGUAUGGGUCCCUCUAGUUCAGGUCUAGAAUCAGUCCUCAGGACCCCCUAUUCCCCUUUAAUGGGGAAGGAACACGUAUACACUGAGGGUGGUGGGUUCGAACCCGGCCCAGGCCAACUAAAACAACUGCAACAAAAAAAUAGCCAGGUGCUGUGGCGGGUGCCUAUAGUCCAAGCUACUUGGGAGGCUGAAGGAAGAGAAUCACUUAAGCCCAAGAGUUGGAGGUUGCUGUGAGCUGUGAUAUUACAGCACUCUAUUGGGCGACAUAGUGAGACUCUUAUCUCAAAAAAAACAAGCACGUGAGGGCAGUCUUCAGGGCCCCCUGGGCAUCUGAUGAGGAGGAGGCAGAGCCUCUAGGCUGCCCAGGCCCUGUCACUCACUUCACACAGCCCCUUUUCUGACCCCCACCCCCAGAUCUCAUGCUCCCCACUUGCCCCUUGCUCUCUACCCUUACAUGGGGCCAUCUCAGCCCUGUCAUCCCCAAAUGUGCCGAUGUCAGGUUCAUCGAAAUACCUCAGAUUUAUAAUUAUUAAUGUUGAUUCUUCAGGAAGUGUUUGCAUCUCUGAAAUCUUUUUUAUAUAUGUUUUGCUGACUUUUUUUUUUUAAGAUUUUUAUUGUUGUUGUUAUAGCACCAAAGAAAUGAAAACAGAUCACCCCCAAAGCCAAGCAAGUGAUUUGGUACCCCCUCUGGCCCUUCCCUAGAACCCCGGCGCAUAGGCAGGGGAGGCGGGCAGGGGAGACAACUCAGGGAUCUCAGUGGCAGGGGAGGUGAAUGGAGAGACCCGCUUACGCCGGUCGGCCCUGAAACCGCACCAGUUCAGAAGAGGGUCCUUGACCCAUUUCCUGCCACACACCCCGACUCCAGCUGACCAGGGUGGGGUCAGGACAUCUCCCCUUCACCCAGCAUUCCCAGCUCAGGAUGUGAGCAGGCCGGCCAAGGAGGCCGUGGGCCUUGCAGGUUUUUCCAGAGCCUGCACUGUCCCAGGGAAUAUGGCGAUGCUGGGAGAGCUUCUCUCUCCUCUUGAACCUGGGGUAGAGCAGGUUGCUCCUGGGAUUCUUGCUCAAGGCUCACUUCAUCUGAGUAACUCUUGAAGUGUUCAGUAGAACACCACUACUGUGAUGUUGUCGGGCCGCAGUGGUGGGAGACACCACAUGUAGCAUGAGGCGUCCAUGGCGACAUAGCCAGCAUUCAGGUCUGUCUCAGAAAGGAAAGGGAAAGCAAAAGCUUGAGCACAAAACAGAUACCUCAACUUGGUAAGCUGCAGCUCUGCUGAACUGCAUCUUCUGUCUCCCUCCCCCAGCCUUCCACACUCACUCUCACACACGCACACAUCCAGCCUUGUCCACUAGGGGCUGACCCUCCUCUGGUCUCAGAAGCCUUGCCUGCCGGGCAAGUGCAGGGUAUAGCAAGAGAAAGGCAUCUGGAUCUGGUGCCAGUGAGGACCCCAGUUGGCUGGCACUGGACCCACUUGAAAGUAUCUCAGAUAUUUGGCCAGUGUGUCUUUCUCAGGGGUUUGGUCACAAAGGAUGGACUCUUCCCACCCAGAGGACAUAGGUAUAGCACACUGUGUCUUUCUGGUCUCUUCCUUUUCCCCAGGCAGCUCACCCAAACUCACCCUCUGAGCAAACCCUUACUGCCCUGAAGGUCAACAGCAGGGUCUCAGCCAGAAAGCUCGAGAUUGGGGGUGCCAGUAGGUCCCCCCAGUAGUGGAGCCCUGGCCCAAGCAGAGCUUCCCCUACAAAUGCAGUCCUAAAGGCCAGUUGGUCAGCAAUUAGCCAGGGCAGCUCUGUCCCCUUCCCUUUCCCAUCUUAUAUGUAUUGUAACCAGGAAAAAUGUGAUAGCACAUGGGUAGCCUAGGCAGAGAAUAAAUACCUCAGAUGUCCUCUUGCAGCAAGUGUCUGUAUAUGUUGUGGUUAUUUUCUAUCUUACAUGUUUUCGAAUGUUUAUAUUUCAAUAAACCUCUACCUCUUCA